CACCAUCAUCACCUCGCAGACCUUCAUGUGCAAUGCCAAGCGGGUCAAUCAUUAGCACUAGGUACGAUGUGCUGAGGCUAGCAUUGGAAGCGCAGAUUUUGCAGCUGCAAGGCGAUGACUCCGACGUCGAACUUGAGCUCGAGGUCACUGAAUACGUAUUAGAGGAGGUGAAGCAUCAAGGCUUGACUUUGGACGCCUCCAAGAUCUUAGACCAUGGUGGCAGCGUCACGAUGAAGGAAGCGGAGAAUCAUCCUUUUCACUCAAUUUUGAAGAACGCCUUGGUAGAGCUGCUGGGUUUGGAGGAACAUGACAGUGUACUGUGCACUUCCGAGGUUCUCGAGGUAUAUGCUAAGCUGUGCAAGCAGCAGGAUGGGGACCAGGCUGAGGAGCAAGACCCUGCCAACACGAUUCAAAGGCAGAAGAAGGGAGCGCUUGGCGAGUGCGAGUUGUGCGAACGCUGCAUGAUGCUUACAGAGCACCACCUCAUUCCCAAAACAACGCAUCAAGAGCUGCUGCGUAGAGGCAUCUUUACCAAGCGAGAGAUGCAAACACGCAUCAGUAUGCUGUGUCGACCGUGCCAUUCAUUCAUCCACGCAAAGAUCGAUGAAAUGGCGCUAGCAACGACGUACAACUCUCUGGACACAUUGCUCUCUAGGCCAGACAUUUACAAGUGGGCGAGAUAUGCUUCCAAGCAGAGAGGCCGUGAUCCGGCCCACGGCGUCGCCCAUAAUUUGAAGAACAGACGAUGACGCAGCUAUUCAGUCGCUCUCUGCCGAGGCAGUAUCACAUCCGCACGCUUUCACUUGAGCUUUGCGGAAAUUCUCGCAGCCAUUGUCCACUCCGAUCACCCCUAGCGGCUUGCUGAACUGUGUGGACGAAGAACGAGCUUCAGUGCAUCAUCAAAGAAGCUGUAGUCGGGAAAGUACAAAGAAUGGCUUUCCUUACCUUCAAGGCAGCCC